AUGUACCUUUCCGAACCCUUCAUAGUUGCGGGAUACCUGCUGGUCGCCAGCCUUCGGAUCGUCACCGCGCAGUACACGGGCUGGGGUUUGCUGCCAGCUUGCGCGCAGCAAUGCUUCAGCGAUGCUCUACUGAUUGGUGCCAGCAACUGCGGCAAACCCAAUGUCGACAAGUCGCAGCUUCGCGCCUGCAUUUGUACGGACUGUGAAUACACGGAGACCGUUAGGACCUGCUUUGAGACAUCACCAGCUUGUGGUGGUAGUGCGAAUACCGCGGCUGUAUUGUCACUGAACAGUGGUAUCUUCUGCAACGGCUCUGUGUAUGCGGAAGUGAGAAUGUGGGCUGGAAGCCUCAUUUGGAACAGUGGCUCAGAGAACUCGAAGCCGGCGACUGUCACAUUAUUUCAACUCCCGACCGCGUGCGGUCUCACCUCGACAGCGGUCUCAGGAAAGCGGGACAUCGUCAACACCGGUUCGAUCGGCCUAUGGGUCCCAGUAAAGGCGUCUUCUCGUCCAUGA